GUGAAUACAAUUGCUUCAGCACCUGCCGCUACUCAUUAUCUUUACUGCGCCUUUACCUUAUCCAAAAACCUUUGACAGCAACUAAAAUGCAUCUUAUAACAUCCUUCAUCGCCGCCAUGGCCUUUAUGCCAAGCAAUGUCUAUGCAAGACAUCAUCAUAAACUACUAAGGACCCCCAGCGGAGUCACCGUGGAGCUGAUCAAUACUAAAGGCGAUAUAUUCUAUCUUCAAGGCUUUUCUGCCAACCAAUCUGUGACUUUGCGGCCUAGUGCUGACUUGGGGCAAGCCGCCUCGUCAGACCUACAGGCCGACUUCCGAUGCGAGCUUCGUAAUGCUGGCCAGAACAACAACCGAAUCAUCGUCACGCGAGACAAGAGCAUCGACUUCACCUUCGGAGUUGGUAAAGCUUGGACACUUCAGCCUGGCGGGCCUGUCGAGGCUUCUCACUUGCGCGUCACGUGCGAUCCAGCACUGAGAAAGACAGAUCCCGAUCAGCGUGUUGAAAUCCGCGUAACUCUGUCAAAAAGUUCGGAGGAGUUUGCGCGCCAGCUUGAUUUCUCGGACUCGGAGGGUCGAAACGACCAGAUGCAAUCGGUUGGUGGCACUUUCACUCAUGUAGAGCUCUUCGUAGGCCCUGGAGUGGACAAUCAAGCGCUCCGUUGCAAGGCAUUGAACCGCGGGCAAGUCGUGCUGCUCAACCGAGGCAUCAACCUGAACAAGCAAACCUUUGGCGACGGGGGCAACGGGAGGUGGACAGUUGCUGGAGGGCUUAGUGAGAUCGACGAGGUCAUCUGUAGUCCGACAUUCCGCUAG